UGAAAUUAAUCACGGUUAAAAUUUAACCGAACUUUGUGCAACCGGGCCAUAGACUUCAUGGUAGCCUAUAUCUAGAAAUUAUAAAAUAUCCCAGUUAAACUAAUGUUAAAUCUAUUUUUUCAGGAACAGAAGCCAAUCCCAGAAAUCCAAGAUGAUGAGGUACUCAUCAAGAUGGCGUGCGUUGGAAUCUGUGGCUCAGAUGUGCACUACCUAGUUCACGGACGAAUUGCUGACUAUGUGGUCGAUAGUCCAAUGAUCAUAGGUCAUGAGGCAAGCGGCACUGUUGUUAAAACUGGAAAGGACGUAUCCAAUCUUAAAGAAGGUGAUAGAGUAGCAAUAGAGCCAGGCGUCUCGUGUAGAAAAUGCCGAAUUUGCAAGGAGGGCAGAUACAACUUGUGUGCUGGCAUGCGUUUCUGUGCGACUCCUCCUUACGAUGGCAAUCUGUGUCGUUAUUAUGCGCAUGCGGCUGAUUUUUGCUACAAGUGCCUUGACUUGGGAAUAUUUCCUGAUGAGCUCAAAAGAGUUAAGGUGAUACCAGUUCACAAGAAAGGAGAUAAAUCAAACAUAGAUAACUACAGGCCGAUAUAUCUGUUGGAUUUCAAACUGGAGGUAGCCAAGGAGCUAGGGGCCGACCACACUCUGCUCGUAGCACCAAAUGACGAUGAGAAGGUAGUCACGAAGAAGAUCCAGGAAAUACUUGAAGGCAACCUUCCUGACAUCACUGUUGAUUGCAGUGGAUUCGAGUCAACCAUUAAAUUGGGACUACAGGCCACCAGGAACGGAGGAACUUUGGUGUUAGUAGGAAUGGGCGCACAAGAAGUGAAACUGCCUCUUCUGGCUGCAAUGUGCCGAGAAGUUGAUAUCAAAGGAGUAUUUCGUUAUGCAAAUGACUAUCCGGUUGUUUUAUCAAUGAUAUCUUCAGGCAAAUUGAAUCUGAAGAAGCUGAUAACACACAAAUUCAAUCUUGAGGAAACACUGGAAGCUUUCAACACAGCCAGGACUGGGAAAGGCAAUCCUAUCAAAGUGAUGAUUUACUGUGAUAAAAAUUUGAAUCGAUGAAUUUUUCAAAACGUAUUAUUCCAUGGUUAGUUUAAUUAUUAAAUAUCAUUUAUUAUUUAGUUCAACUGUAGAUAUUGUUGAUUUCCAGUUACAUAAUGAUUGGAACAGAUACAUGCGGUUGAGUAGUACAUAAGACUGUAUUAUAGAUAUAUUAUAUAAGUUUACAUUUUAAACACUGUACUUGUCGCGUUUAAUACUACUAGUUUCAGAGAAAAUAUAUUUUUGUUAUGAUGUUAUUAAAUAAAUAUGAAAAAGCAAGUGAAUUGUA